AUGCAUCCAGUUGGCCUUCACUGGCGUCGGGAGGCGGAGGAGUAUGUUUGUCAGGAUCAGCCCGUGUUCUGCGUAAGUUCGCAGGAGCUGUAGGCCAUUGUCAUUUAGGUUGCCCCUGUCAUGGUAGCCAAGCAUUCAUCUGCAGGCAGUGUUCGUCUGUGCCGAUGCGGUCGUUGAAUUCACCGAGGACAAUCAACUUAUCCCCUUUUGGCAUAUUCACCAUGAGGGCGUGCUUGACUUCGUAGAAUUUGUCCCCUGCAGUGCCGGGGCUGGUCAUCGGAGGGAGUGAGCGUAGACUUUGACGGCGAUGGCGAAAUUUCCUCCCCGGAGAGACAGACGGAGGCUCAUUAGGCGAGCGUUGAUGCCAUGCGGCAAACAUGAUUUUUGUCCCACUAUGUCGUUUCGCCUGACAAAGCUGAGGCCCUCAUCCAGUCGCUCUGCCUUGCGGCGACCGCUCCAGAAGAAGGUGUUGCCGGCACCCACCUCCUCCAUCUGGCCUUUUUCGGUGAAGUGGGUUUUGCUGAGUGCGUACAUAUCCACAUUAUAGCGCGCCAGCUCCCAAACUACUAGCGUCGUCCUGAGUUCCGUUCAGUUGCUGCUCGGGUUGUUUAAGGGAAAACGAAAAUUCCAGACUUCCGGAUUGGGCGGACGCACCCUACCAGUCUGGUAAACGGGGCAGCGAGAUGGUGCGUGGUUUCUUGUUCGAUUUUUUAAUCAUGUGUAUUGCGCCUGGAAGCCACGAUCAGCGCGCUUUUGCUAGCUCUGUCCUCUUCGCGUGAAAUAGCAAUGAUCCCCCAAAACGGGACGCCUCAUAUAUCCCAGACGUCUACUGAAGUCCGCUAUAAUUCACGACUUUGUAUAGUGGGAGAACGACCUGAGUUUAUCUGGGCCGCCUACGCGAGUGCUUCCGCUCUCAAAGUAGAAAUUUUUGAAAAGAGGGGAGCAGAGGAAUGAACGAAGGGAACAGAAACGAAAGCAGGGUUUCCAGUCUAUCUCUUAGCUAACUGGUUACCAAAAUACUAAGUAUUAAGAGACAAAUAAAACGGAAUGGUAUUCAUUAGAACAGCCUUAUCUUACAGCAAGUACAAACACAAGUAAACGGACAAACACAAACAAACAAGAACAGAAAAUCAAUAUUCAGAUUACUUGGGGAGUCAGUUGUAUUGUGGCGGGGCCGCCUAUGAGGCUUCAUCUUAGAAGUGGCGACGCGAUGAUUCGUGGGAAUUUUGAGCUCGCUGUUACCAAGUAGAGUACAGCAGAAAGCAGAAAGAGUGAAGGGCGGAGGAUAACGGUGAAGAACAGGUGCGAAGAAGCGGAAAGGGGUAGAUUUCCCCGCAAAUGGGUCCGUAUCUUGCUGAGUGCUUGUGGCCUCCUGGGGGAUUGCAGACGGAGCCUCAUCUCAGAGGUGUCGAGGUAGUGAUCCAUCUGGCAAGCGGUGGUGGAUCGGAGCCGAGUUAUCGUGUGUGAGGAUGCACACACGGAUACUCUCAAAUGGUUUAGCCCGCCGAUGGAGGCGGUAGCCGGGGUAUGGCCAAUAGUCAGAGCCUAGCAUCUGGGAGUCACAUGUGAGAGUUUGGUGUCAAAUAAUGGACUCUAGGCGUAAUUUACACCUAUAAGCAAGCGAGCAAUCUAACUCGACCACCACGUGGAUUUACAACUGGACAGCCCAUUAUUCGGGCCCGUAAUAAAUAGGGUUUUCAAAGGCAUUGCCUAUUAUCAUCACCAAAUAAACUGGUCUGGAACAAGUAAAUUAUAUGCACUCACAAAGCAUUCGGUGCCUUAAAUACGUCCUGGUAGAGACCAAAUGAAGCUAAAGCCUGUUCGAUAUGUCGAAUUAGAGGAAAUCCACCGAUCGUUGGCUCUUAAGUCCUGGAAACAAAAUCAAAAUAUUUGUGGAAUUAAAAUGUCCACGCAAUUUUAGACACAGUACAUUAUUGCGAAAAACUGACCCUCAGAGUUGACAGGUUAAAUGCAUGCCGUCUUCCUCAUAUGCCCCUCGCCCGUAAAAUAGGUUAAUCACGAAUGUUUUAAAGGUAUUAUUUAGCUAGGCAAUUGGAAAAUGUUCAGCAUCAUUCGAGUUUCGGAGUUUAACCAGUAAAUGGUUGGCCACCAAAAUGCCAAAGGCAUUUGUGAAGAGAUUUCAAAGUCAUUUACUGUCCAGCUGCCAGAGGCAGACGUAGCUGUUGAAGUUUUACAUCGUCGUCUCUACGACAACCUUUAAAUCAUAAAGGCUUUCCGCAUUCUAAAAACGUUUCUUUUUUCUGUUCAUUCAUGAUUGUUUUAGCGGCGGCAGUUUGCGCCUGGCUCACAGUUACCGCUAACUUCUUAACGUUUCGCAUUUGCUGAUGUAAUUGAUGACUUUAUUUCUGUUUAUCGACAUGAAUAGGGUGCUCAAGGGCGAAAGCCUCAUUCCCUUAAUAAACUGACUUAAACUGACUUAAUAUUUCUAACGCCCAUUCACAUUAUGCUUGUCGGGUUAUUCAAUCUUGAUACAACUUAUGGCAUGUUCCAUUUAAACGACUGUAGAAAAGGCAUAUGAAAUAUUCUGGCAAUGACCUUAUCUUCCUCCAGCAGGCAUAUGAGCCAAUUCAGUCAGUGGUUAUAUAAAAUUUUAAUUGUUUAUCACCAUCGCGCCUCAUCUGAAACCUCGAUGGCGCUUGAUGUUUUUGUUUUCCUGGGGUUUUCCAAAAGCCCUUUGCAUGCAUAUGCUGAGUUUGCUCGGGGAUUUAGUUUUGAGCAUUUUCUUUGUGAUACGAGUUAGGUCUGAUUUUGCGGACGUCUUAAAAGUUGACCGUAAUAGUGGAGAAUAUGGUUUCGAUUUUUUUUCUGCAAACAAAUCAAUGGAUUAUAUCUGGUUCCCACCUUCUUUUUAUGAUGUUGUCCGCAUUUUUCCAUCCGCAAAUUAUGGUGGGUUCGAGAAGUUUGUUCGUCCCACCGAACCCACGACCUGACGAAACUUCUGCCCAAAUGCAUCUUUCAAUCCACAAUGGAUCUUCCGUUUUGUACAAAUCCGUCGCACGGUCACUUUCCCUUCCGACUGUGUCGCAUAAAAUCCCGAAAAUACAUCCCUACAGGGUUCGUUUGUAUGUUAUCCAGGAAGAAGAAUUCGACGAGUUAUGUUUUCCCCGACGUUUUCCUGAUUCCGAAUCUCCUUGGUUUGCCCUACUGUCCCUCACAGAAUUCUGUUCUUCUGCGGAGUCUGUAAAAUCUCUUAUCAAAGAAGUAUUGAAAUUCCAGCGAUUGACUUUACAAGGAGUCCUCUUGUACACGGAGUCCUCCAAACUGACUUACACUGUGGCAAGCCUGUUUAACAGAUCUGGUGAGUCGCACCACUUUGCGGUCAAUUUUCCUACUGGUCAGCGUGCUUCCACUUAACUGGUCUAUCGUCUUGCUUGAUUUCACAUAUUUCCUAUGUCUAAACCCUCAACCAUAAAAGCUACGCACCUUAAUCUGUCCGCUUCCUUUAUCAACCAAAGGCAUUUAUGCGGAACUCUUUUGUUGCGGCAGAAUUAUACCUCUGUCGUGGUCUUCGCCAAGAAUUUUCUUGCAUAUCGAUGUGUCGGUCCCCCAAGAUUAAUUUCUGACAUCCGAUCCAUCGGUCUACACAACAGUAAAUUCGUGGUUAUAUUCCGCCGUCACCGUAGGUCUAUCUUAUAGAGGGUCGCGAUCUGUCACCAAGCCGAUUAUUUUGCCUAGAUGCAGUUCGAUAAUUCGGCUACAGAGUAAUCUGAUUGACACUUCUUUCGGGUUUUCUUCGGUGCUUGUUCGAGAAAAAUUAUAAGACACGUCCCAGUAGUGACUCAAGCAAAGACAGCACUACUACCUUGUUAUUGAAUAUGACUGUUUAAUGGAUUUGCGGAUCGUUUGCACUUAACAGCUCAAUUACAUAUCGUGCGUUAUGUUUAUGUCGUCUUAGAAUGGUUGUUUGCUUUAAUUCCAUAACAUGGUGACUCAAUAUCUCCAACUAAGGAAUCAACUUCGUCCACCGAGUCUCAUCCGCUGGGCUGUUUUUGCGGGCGGUUAAUUCCUUGUGUCAUGUCUGACCAUGUAAACUCACGCCUGACCAUAAAUACAUAUUCAGUCGUCCGUUGCAAAUGUCUAAAUAGACGUUCAAAUUAAGGACCUUAGGGCCACAGAAAGUUUCAAUACCGUGUCCACAUUUGGACUUGGAAAAAAUGACGUCUUCCCUACAGGGCCUAUGCAUGUUAGUCUUUCACUGCCUUACGAUUCGAGCAUGGCACACCCCUCGAUCGUUUCGAAUUAGUGAUAGAAGUACUCAGGGGAGCUUCGCGUAACACGUUAACCAUCUGGUUUUAUGACAUUUUGCUCGAACUAGCUACUAACAAGAAACCUUGCCGCGGUAGCUCAGGACUUUGUGGAUGGCGUUGCGAAAUUCGCAGCCUAUCUUAACUCGGAGACUGUAAGUCCAAACAAUUGUUUCGCUGUAGUGGAUAUUGCAAAAACGUUCCUCCACUAAGGCCGCAAUUUUUUUAAAAUUCAGUCCAAGGACUGACCUAUUGCACUCGUUCUGCCACCGACACGUCAUUCAUUAAACGCAACGAGCAGCUGGUUGGUGUGACGUAUGCAUUUUGGGAGCACCCUUUUUACAGAUUGACUACAUCCUCUGAGUACACGCAGAACAAGUCUUGUUGGAUGUCGUUCCAGUAUAUUCUGUUAGAAGUACUUAGGUUAGUGGUUAGCCACGAAACUGAUGGUAGUUCCAGGUGAAUUUUUUAAAAGAAAAUGCUUGUAGGAAAAUGCGUUUUUCUAAGUUAUACCGCGCCAUAUAAGGUGAUGCAAACUGGCUUUCUCUAAUUCUGCCAUCAUAGUUUGACACUUGGAAAGCUGCAGUUGGAUUUUAAACGUGUUCUCUCUGCCCCUGGUUCUUGGAAGUUGGGAGAUAAAACAUUAUUUCACUAGAAUAGAGAGGGCUUUUUGAACCAGAUUGCAUCAGUAAUAUUGCGUUAUGCAGAAUUUCCAGCACUGCUUCUCACAUCUUGCUGUAAGGUUUAAAAGGAAGGCUUUUUGCAUUCAAUGGGCCUGCGUCUUUCCGGUAUUGGUACGGAUGUUAUUUUUGAAUAUAACAUUUGCUGCCCUUGUGUUUACUUCAAAGAAGGAUACGGAUGCCCAAGGCAUCCCGCUCUUGCAUAUUAGUGGCUUUUGUCAACUUUUGAGAUCAACUGUUUCCAGUUAAGGCGGGGCUUUCGAAGUGUAUAGGAUUUUCUUCCGACAUCUGGAUAGGAGGGCCCUUUGAAACUUUUUGCGCAGGUGCUCAGGGUACAAUUAAUUAACGCCAUCCUUAUUUCAUGCUUAUUAAGAAAUUCCCAAAAGUGGGGAGAUUAGCGUUAAACAAAAAGAGCAAAACCAAAGUAUUCGGCGCAUGUUUCCUUUACCGUUCUCUUGUCUGCCGUUUAUUAGCCUUUUUUGGUCACGGUUUCAUUUUCUUGCGUCCUUUUUCCUUUUGAAAGCGCGACGGAUCUGGCUUUAUUUUUGACCGUUGGAAGAUUUCACACUAAAGUCAAAACCAAUUCCAGAAGUCUUCCCCCGUCACAAUCUUCUUAUGCGUCACACGACAAAAAAAACUUUAAAUUGGAGCUCUCACGGUUCCUUAAGCAGCCUUCCUACUAGAAUUAUAUGCAAUAAUAAGCAGUGUGCAUGCUGAAAACGGGAAACUUCCGUAUCUACGUGCUUUUCUAUUGACAUUUAUAUAGGCCAGAGCAAAUUCAGUGACGGUCAAUAGCAAGAUCCUGUCCAGACAAUUUUGGGACGGUACUUUGACAGCUGAACUGCUUCCAAGUGUUUGACAAUUCUAGAUUUCAUUCCAUAAUGCUCAAAUUCCUAUCUGUUUCGGCCCCCGUUGAGUAGACCGUAUUAUGCGAGCUCUUUUCCAACCUGUCAUACCCCUUAAUUGCCCUGAGCUUUUAGAUAUGCAGUGUGCACGUUUUCGUCAUCGGUUCACAAGAUGCAGCAGAAGUCCCGUAUACCCCAUGUCAUUGUUGCCCACAGGUGGACAUAUAUAAUUUGGUUUAUACUUUAUGAUUUUGGACACCGACGAUCCAGUAGCUCCAAUGAUGACCUGUUGCUGUGUGUUUGGUUGGUUUUGUUCAAAUAAUCCUGCCUGACUGAAAUAUUUGCGACUCCAGAUAUCACCACUAGCCACCAAGUUCUUGAAAAUUUGUCGAGUCUGUUCACCAGCUGUGAUAAAACAAGAACGUAAACAUUGCCCAUGCGGAAGUUAAGUUGUGUAGAGCCUUUUCCGAAAUUAUUUUCAUGCCAUUAAGUUUCCACAUGUUUCUUGGAGAUGAGCUUUUGGAAAAUCGGAAGUUAUGAAGAUCCAUGAGGGAUAACCACUUUCUUAAGUAGAACCUGGUUUAUAGUUUAUUGCUAGUUGUUUGUCCACCUUGAAGUUGUAUGUAAGGCCACUGCACAACGACUAUUCUGGUCGUUCCGUCCUACCAGAAGUGCGUUCCAACUUAUAUUUGAUGAUAAGGGAUCAUACCUGAUGUGGGUUAUCGCCUGUUUUCUGUUAAUAUGUGUUUUAGCCCUUUCCGACGAACCAUUUGAAGUGUUCAUCGUUCCAAAGGACCUAGCCCCAGACCUUGCUCUGCAAUGUGCUGCAUCAAAUUCGACUUGCUUCCUCUCUCUUGGACUUCCCUUUGCUCCUGACCAAAUGUCUGAACUUGGAAUGUCCAAUAAUUUGCAAUCAUCAAGAAUAUUUCCUCCCGGCGUCCAGAAAAAGGCAAAGCAAUCGGAUCAGCACCAUGUUGAGUCCUCUCGCUUUGACGAAGUUUCGUCUGGCAAUACGAGUAUUGCCUCUAGGAAUAACGUCCGCCUCUUCGAAAUACUAGGCCUUGAUAAAUCAGCUCUUGCUUCUGGUCACGAUCCCGCAUCAUCUAGUGCGUCCAACUUGUCCGUGCUCACGUCGGGGUCGACUCACCAUCCCUCGCAAGUCCUCUCUUCUCCGAGUCCUCGGCUCAGCCUCGUGUCUCCACGCGUUCGUUAUGAUAACACGUCUGCAGUCCUUCACGCUAAACUCGACAACGCUGGGCCUGGCAGCAGCUCAGAGGAUGCCUUGCUGAACCGAUCAUCAGUCCUUUUUGUUGCCGUCUCCUUCAUUUUACUGAUGAUUAUCAGCCUGGGUUGGCUGAUAUUCUACUACAUCCAGCGUUUCCGCUACCUACACAGCAAGGAACGGGCUUCAGUAAGUGCUCACUUGUUUGCCUGUCCGUGUGCUUCGUGGAAACGGAAAAAAGACUGAUUUACCGUUGGCCUAAUUUCGUCUUAGACUAUGCAUGCGCGGGUCAUAAAGUGCAACUGCCUUCUUAUAAACUUCAAAGGCUACCUUGAUUAACGUUUCAUUGCAUAUAUUGUCUGUAUCUUUAAUCUUUUAUCCAAACCUCGCCCAACUUAAAUCAGACUGCGCCGUUGCUUUCGACCUACAUAGAAAUCAUACAGACGCAAGGCACCCUUCGAUGGAAUGCCCCGUUGUAUUGGUUUAGGCUGCGGCCACACAGGGGGGAUACGUGUUAGCCAGAGCCGGUGUGACGUUAGCCACAGUGCCCAACCCCACAUUCAGUCGGACUUACUAUUGGUCUGCGUGAUCGGGCCAAACCUUUAGGUUAUUGUAAUCAGACGGUCUCGAGCCCACGAAUGAGGGUACAAACGAAGAAUAAGAGUGACGGGGUGCCUUAGAAUAGUGAUUUAGUCAUCUUACAGUUCGUGUAUCGGGACUGGAAGGAGGGCAAAGAUAGCAGCUAGUGAGAUGGAAUUUGGUCUGGGAAAUAAGUUAACAUGACAAUUGUACAGAAUCUUGCGACAAAAAAUGCAACAGUACCUCCUUCUCCUCACAGGUCAAUGAACAAUGAAAAGUCUUCUUAAGGUCGGCCACCAUGGAACGCUCAGUUUCAAAAGUUUAACCAUCUAGCGCCAUAACCUAAUUUCUUGCAGCUGAAACAACUGUUGUCGGGUUCACUAACUUCUCUGUGUUGUAAGGGUUACUGUUCCAUGCCUAGGCGGUUUUUCGCCACUCUCGACCAAUUACUCUUGUACUGGAAGCUGGGAAAUCAUUUUCAUCUCGAGGACCUUUCUGUUUGGACGCCAGUUCUUGCAGAAGCUCCACCUAAGUUAGAUAGUCAUGCUAGUGUAGGAGUGUGACAGCCUUUUCCGAGCUCAUACUCUUACUUUUUUGCAGAGUCCGGCCCUGGCUCUAUUCUGAAAGGCGUGUCGUCCCAAUUUGCAUGAUAUGGUUGUGUUGGUUAUGGUUCGUAUCCAUCUUGAGUUUUACACUUCCCCGUAACACUGGACUCAGCUGGCCUUCCACUACUUGUUAAAAUUAUUUUUUUGCAACUUACAACUAUGGGAAAUACGUAAAGCAUUGCCAUUCUGAGGGGGUUCAUCCCCUCAACUUUAAGCCGUCGGUUCUAGGGCCCGACAAAAAUUCACAUUGCCGUCAUGCAUUCAGUAAGAAUUUGUGCGCGCCACUCUCAUGUGACCAGGAUCUGAGUAGUUUCGCUCCACCCUACGUGCUUUAUGACUCCCAAAAUAAACUCCUCCAAUCCCAUCAUUGUCGGUUCUUGAGGCCGACGUCAGCGACAGUAGAACGAUGGAAUCAGUAUGAGCUUGUAUGUAUUUUCACCACACAAUCGUAGCACUUUGAUCUUCAUUCAAAUAUUUCCUCAUCAAAUUGCGGAUAACGAUAUUUUAUUCGACCUUGUAGUAAAGCCCUCAUGGACAGUCUCUUACCAGCCAGUAAAGGGUGAUAUUCCGCAGAGGAGGGACGAGGGAACUGUUACGGCUCCCUGUGUUGGAGGGUAAGGGGGGGGGGGAAGGAUGAUUCGAUUUGACUUCGGACGGUGAACUUAAUGAUCGUCGAUCCGGCAUGCGGGUAGAGGUCAGUGAUCCAACGUAGAGGCGUUAGAAAUUGCGGUUGCGGUUCGCUGUCUCUGGGGAAUGGGGGGGGGGGAGCGGCGAAAUAGUCCGAUUAUGCAUGGCCCGGUGUGGAUUAGCGACAGUUGUUAGGUCGUGGCCGCAAGUCAGUGACUGUCGCUAAUCCACACCGGGCCAUGCAUAAUCGGACUAUUUCGCCGCCCCCUUCCCCAGACACAGCGAACCGCAACCGCAAUUUCUAACACCUCUACGUUGGAUCACUGACCUCUACCCGCACGCCGGAUCGACGAUCAUUAAGUCCACCGUCCGAAGUCAAAUCGAAUCAUCCUUCCCCCCCUACCCUCCAACACAGGGAGCCGUAACAGUUCCCUCGUCCCUCCCCCACCACAGACGCUAGCCUAAUUAUGUCUCCAUCCCCCUCCCUUUCAUUCAUUAGUGGCUUAGCUAUUAGUGGCUGCCCUGUCACGCCAACCAAUUUGCUCUGACCAUUUCACUUUCUCCUCUGUUUAUUUCGUCUGACGACGGGUUGGUGUCACCAGCUCGAAAAUUCACGAGUACAACUCAAUUUUUCCGACGAGCCUUCUAUCUUCAACAUAUUAUCUCGGAAUGCACACUGCCUCAACUAUUCAAUAUAUAUAUAUAUGUAUAUAUAUAUAUAUAUAUAUUUGCCUAGUUUACCGUGGUCAUCUAGCCAUAAACCUAAUCUCAACAGCCUCGACUGAUUCACUACAGUCGAUGUAUGCCUACUGGAUGAGGCUUUUUCCGGCAUACCUGCAUCGAUGUUGCAGGUUCACGAACACGAUCAGCACUCCGUAUUUCUCGUCAGCUAUCACUUGUUUUGUCAGCCCUCCGUUGAUGUCCGUCACCUAUGCUAUCUCAUUCGUAUUUCACCCCUUGCCGUAUCAACAAGACGUAAAGCCCGCAAGGACUCAGGGCAUUUCCCAUUCCGCGCAUCAGUGGCCACUACAAUGGUUAGUACGCGUUUUUCUGCGCAAGCUGCCGAGCUGGAUGCUAGAAGAGGAAUAGGUAAUGUAUGUCGUCUACUGCAGAUGCGGCCACAGCCACUCCCUCCCCUCGUCAAUUCAUUGACGUCAGCAGCACGUGUCCCUCGCGCCAUCGCCUUCGCUGACAGUCGCUGUCUGCUCCUCAACUGUCUUUGGACCUACGUAAGGGAGGAGGAGGAGGAAUGCCGGCUCAGUGAGGACUGCUUUCGUUGUCAUCUAAGGAGAAAUGAUUGCUCUUGCUUGUGGGUUGAAGACGUACAUCCCACCCCACCAUUACUGGAAUCGGGAUCCUUCACGACACUAACGGGACGUAAUUCGCGUGCUAAUCAUCCAACUCGCAUGCUUUUUACGGUUUACUGAAAUUUGUAAGCCAUGCCACACUAUGCAUCCCAAGUUGUACAUCAUUUGAUAGCCAGUCCAAGGGACUGCAAAUCUUCUGCCUCACCGAGGUUUGUUUAGCGCAAUCCACCUACGACAGAACUAUAACGAACAAAUAAUAACAAGUCUGUGAUCAACUUUGCAGACUUGAGAACGCGCACUUCCACUUCUACCGUCUUUCGUCCUACUCAUCCUUCACUGACAGCUUUUCCGACAUCUCUUCGGAGCUCUUAUGGCAGUUCUAAUUGGUUCUUUGCUAUAAUUUUCAGCUAAUUCUGAAAUUCACACCUUAUACAGUUUAUUUUAGUCUUUGGGUGCUGUGGUCAGUGGCAGCGCUCUCUAGACCUUUCGAACCCCCACUCAACCUUUUCUGUGGCAUUAAAAUUCUCCCUCCGUCCCCGGUUGUUUCAUCCACCUGCUUUUUUGAGCGAUACGCUUACGGACCUCGACCUCCCUUCCAUACUGCAACGUACUACACGUGUCUUCUAAUUCUGACUAGGAAUGUUAGUCGAUUUCAAAAUCAAUUUCUAAUCGGACGAUUAACACUUUAGCAAAUUCUUCACCGAAUUUUAAUUUUUGACAUCAGUACCAGACGAUACGCACUGUAACUUUUUCAAGAACGCGCAGUUGGCUGUCAAAACUUCUGUAAUGAGAGGACCGAAAAGCGAUAACCGCUGAGUACUUCUUUCCUGGGUGACGACCCGUCAUCAUACUCGAAGUGAUUAGUUCAGGGCCAGGAUUAGUGCACUUUCAGUUUUAUAAAAGAUAUAGCCACAUAAGCGGAUUUAGCUCCAGUGCACAUUUUUAGACAACACACAAACAAGUCAGGUAAUAAUUUGGCCCAGAGUCUCUCACCUAUCCUCAUUUCAUUUGCCGCGAUUGUGACACUGGCGCACCCAUUGUUUUGUACUGCUCGUCGCAUUUAUUCGAGAAGCUCUGCCGAAAAAGGGACACUGGCGUGGUCAUCUUUAGUUUGUGGCGUACUUCAACGCCUUGGACCCCGACCUGGCCAACUUUCAGGCCACCACCGCACUGGUUCUCAAACACAAUAACCUGCCGAGAACCCUAUUCUCGAAGUAGUUGCCUUUUCGGUGAGGCCACACAAACCACCUGGGGUUAUUCGGAUAGUGGAUUAAGUUGCCGACGAGGACAUUGUGAGAUUGAGUGGUUGGCAUUGUUCCUGACAAGGUAGAAGACCUCCUGAAGACCAACGCUCUACCCGAGAACUGUCUAACAUGCCUCAGAUGCGAUGACGGUCAAAUGGAGAAGCUGGUAGCACAAAUCAACGAAACGCCAACCGGGUUGCAAAAGGCCCGUGUGAUCACAAAGACUGAACGACUGGUCAACACGUGCUGCCAUGACGAGAUUCUGUGUAGUUCCUAAAGUACACCAGGAUGGUGAUCUCCUCCUCCUAUCUAUCAUAUAUUAGCACGGAACGUGCACAUUUAGUCUGGCUAAAUGGCUGUUUCGACGCCUAAAUUUCCUCUCAUCGGGCUCUGAAAUAGCUACCCGCCCAACCUUGCACCUUUUAGGUCCAGUGUGAUACGCCUGGACGCUGGAGGUGGUGAUAUAGUCUGGUGUAACCGAGCUCUUCUCCCCAAUCCCACAGUGCCUGGCUGUUGAAACCGUGUAUGGCCUGCUCGUGAACCAAUGCGAGACAAACAUAACAGUGGCCCCUCAUACAGCCGCUCAAACUUUGCCUCAAGAGGUAUUUCAUCCUUGAAGGUACAGUGUAUAAGCAAAUCGAAGGUACUACGAUGGGAUCUCUGCUGUCUGAUUUCAUCGCCGAAACUAUUCGGCGAAGCUGAGAGCACCGGUAUUCACAACUCUCUGGCCAACAUCUUAGGCUCUGUUUAUGGGCAAUACCUUCAUCGUGUUCGGGCGGAAAAUGGUCACAAAAUCCAACGCGUUCUUAAAUUCUAUUUUGUCUAACACCCAAUUCGCGACUGAGGCGGGCAGCAGUAGGUAGUUAUUUUUUCACAACCGAGCUCGCCAAAAACUGUAUGGGAGCCUGAAGAGGACAACCGCUACCCCAUGCCAGGCCCUAAGUUACUCUAACGGCCAUUUGUUAUGUCGUAAACGCAGCUAUGUGCGAACAUUUUAAGGAAAGCGAGCACUCAUUGCAGCUAUUCUAGCGUCCUGAGGGGACCGUCACUUCCAUCGGGUACCCUUAAAGCAUUGUGGGUGCUUCUGACUGCCCGAGCCAACUAUAGGGUCAGAAGAAGGACAAAUGAAAGUUUUGAGGACAUUACCGUACAGGGAGAACGUAUCCAAAGCUGCCUGCUCAUCUCUUACAACCACUUGGGGUUGGUGUUGCUUGCGGAAAGGAAACAACGGUAAAGCGUCCGGCUAUGAGGUCCAGGAGCCCCUUGUCACAUUAGCGAGGAAGGGGGCAAGCGAGGGACAAGGAAUGGAUGCACAGAAUUAGGUCAUCAUAUACGGACGAUGCAGACGAGACCAGUGGGCGCUGUCGCCCAGAUGCCGCCCUCGACAGGGGAGAGGGGAUAAAUGUUUGUUACCACAGCAACAGCUACUUAGCACAGUUCAACCUGCACAAACAGCCUUCGAUUCGGCGGUACAUUAUCAUGAACGAAACUCCUAAAAGAUGUGAGGCGCGAUCUUAAAGUCGCCGUCGACAUUAGAAGCUUGUCUGUGAUUUGGAAACGCCAGAAAACAGGAAUGUUGGCUCGCAGACUAGUCUUUUCCUUUCGAAUAUGCCCGCAACGCGCACUUUCGUUUGCCUUAUGAGAGCACGAUAGCAUGUUUUACUGUCCCAUUUUUAUUAUUUGGUCGCUAACCACAAAGCGUUCGGGUGUGUGGCCUCGGUCGAAUGCGGAUUAAGUCAGUGUAGCGCAUGAUGCCUGUCCAACGGACCUUCAAGCCUUUGACUUUUGACGUCGGUAGUUUGUUAGGCGUUUUCUCGCCGCUGCAGUCGAAUUCUACGAGUGACCUGACAGGCCAGCUAGUCUCUGUCACAGAAGUCUAAGCUAAAAAUACCUCAUUGUCGGCGGUAUGCGGCCUUUUCAUCGGAAACUCUCCCCUUCACCCAAGCAUGUUUCACUCAGAUGUCACCGCUUGAGUAGCCUAUAUCUUUACUUGUCCUCUCAUGCACAUCUGAUGCCUGUAAUUUCUUUUGGGGAUUCAAUAGAAACUGUUUCCUUUUUGUACUAUCUUAAAGAUGAGUAUCUCAUGGUGCAGAAUAUUGAAAUUUCCAAUGUUUGCUUCAGAGAAUAAUACAUGCUCUUUAAGAUGCAUGCUAGUGGUCAGGAUCCCUUGAAACUCAUCGGAAUAUUUGGUGAAUUUUGAAAACUAUCAUAAUCAGUAACAUAAAGAACCUGUAGAAACUCUUUUGAGGAUGAUGCACCCCAAGUACGUAAUCUUUAAAAACACGCAAGGGAACAGGUGGGGAUUAAAGGUAUUUUGACAUUUUUUCAGGCCAUCUCCCUCUUUUUACAUAACCGUCGUAGAAAAGGCUAUUUUCUCUCUAAAAUUCCUAUACCAUUGGAGGUACAAGUAAUGGUCGACCUGAGCUAUUUAAAUAACUGCCUCCCGCUGCGGAGUCUUCGGUCUGUGUUUUUAUGUCAAGAGUCAAAUGAUCACAAAGUUUCUUUUUCCGGACAAAUUACUACGUGCAGCAUAUUUUCAGAUUUGAUUCUAACUCUUGAGCAAGCUGCUAAUGCUGUUUUUUUCAUUGGAAAUUUGAGUUUCCUAUGCAGCAGCAACUCUUUUACCUAGGCGUCAUCUAGACCAGUGCACUCAGUUCACGGUUAACUGUUCUCUGCUCGUGAACUCUGCCAACGAUCGUGCUCCCAGCCCUGUCGAUCAUUUUUAUUUUACCCCGUUCUCUGCUAGUUAUUCAUGAAAUGAAUGUGGAUCAAGGUUCGUUUGUUAUAACUUUGGCAGUAUGAACGCCCUCAACCCAAUAGCUUGUCAAUCACGUUCUUCUUGUCCCCGCGCUAGAUGCGUAGAAGCCGACGUUGUUUGCCGUCUUUGUGUUGAGAUUUACUGAUCUGUCGUUCUCUGCUUUUUCAGCGACGUUUGGCCGAACUGGCAAGGAAGGCUGUCGCGCGGAUACCAGUGAAGUUACUUCGGGCGGGCGACAAGGUAAAAGACUGUCUAGAAAAACUUUCCAUGGUAAGGAUAGGUUGUGUAGCUGGGGUCAGCAAGAGAUAACCCGUGGAACGCGUCGUACAGGAAUAGUAGCAAUAGAGGUUAUACGGGUGGGGCCUUAAGACGUAGGCAAAGAUAUUCGGUGGAUGUGAAAUGUAAAAAAUCAGAUUCGCACUGUGAGCCGUCUAAUGUGCUUGGGAAGUAAACGGAUUGUCUGUUGCCGACCCCGACCAUAUAACAUAUACCUGUCCUUCUCAUAAUAAUGGCACACAAACCUUAGACCGCGCAUUUACCCUCUUUUGGUUUCCUGUCAUGUUUUCUGUCUUCGAUCUGUGAAGUUUAGAACAUCCGUACUCUUGUUUAACACUACACACUAUCUACAGUACUUGGCCGAAAUCGCAGUAUGGGAUGUCCAGGUUGGGGGGAUGGAGGGAGGAGGUAUACCUUACUAAAUUCCACAGUCGUCCGAGUGCCUUGCAUUUAUCACCUAUUCCACACUGUUCCCAUCUAUCAGCGGACUUACCCCCUUCUCCACGGAGCUGCCCUCUGCGUGACGGCACUACCGUACCAUAAUCACUUGGACUGUCAGGCCACACCUGAGGGAGGUAACCAGUGUGUUUUCGGCCCUGAUGAAUUUCUUGGUGUGCAGUCUGGUUUUCGGGGUAGGGGGAAACAAACCGCCUUGCGCACGCAGAGGUAGGCUGUAUGCCAAGUCAGUUGCGGUGCUCACCUGCAGUUAUCGGAAUCCUAUAGAUAGGAGGAAAUGCAAUCUUGUAGAUAGUCCAGGCUUGCUCGGGUCAUCUUAUUAGACCAAAAUUGCAGUUCAUGGUGGGAUUCAGCAGUCAUCUAGUGCAUCUCAGCAGCCCUAUUUAGGAGCAUACUGUCCCGGGAAGAAGGGUCCCCUGUUGACCUGGCUGCUGGUUACCCUGCGCGUCCACAGGUGGUUGAUAGUGGAACAGCCUUUAGCGUAAGUUAACUGCAAUGGUAGCGGAGCACUCACCGAUCGUUUUUACGGAAAUCACUCAUCCCGUUGUGCCUUACGGGCUCUCUCUCGUGCCCAACCAGCAGCCGCAGAGCGGUGCAUGAUAUAAGCAGGAUGUCAUUACGACAAAGACAAGGGAGACUGCAAUGGCCAUUUCUGGCGUAUUAGCCGUCGUCAGCCAGUCAUACCGAACCCCAAGGUGUGGAACACCUGGGGCUCGAUCUCGCGACUUGUUAGUUAGAAGUCCAACGCCUCUAACUACCGAGCCACGGGCUCGCUGUCUUGUCAGUUGCAAUCGGGGAUGUACAAUGGUAGAGGGACACUCAGUAAUGGCGAAAUAAGUGGUCCGUGGGGCCUGGCGAAUAAACAGUCGCGGACCAGUAAUAGCAAUUCUACAGGGCGUGGAUGGUUUUGGCCUGGCAUGCGAUUUUUUGUAAAGUCUUGCAAAGCCCGGUGACGCGCUGUGACAUGGUGACCAUGAACCGUCAUUACAUAAGUUUGCUUGCUACCGCUGACUUGCAAUUAGGUUUUCCAGCGAAAGCCCCAGAAGGGACUACCUCGAACAAACAAUCCGAUCGGCUGUUGGGGAACCGGAUAUAAUCGGAGCUCAUGAAACCUAUCUGACCCAAGUAGUACGACCCACUCCGCGGCGUUCGCAAGAACCAAUGCGCCCCGCAGCUCCGGCCCAGUGGUGCAGGUGCAUAGCAUGCGCGCAAAAGGGACUCCUGGUAUUGGAUGCUGGAAUGUGCGCACGUUCCUGGACCCUGGUACCCAAAGUCAGACUGUACAGUCUUCAUAAGUAAAAUGUAGAUAUCUGUUUACUGUUCGAAGUCCAAAUCCCUGACUCAGGCACUCAAUUCCUACUUCAUCCCAUAUCACGGCGGCCCACGUAACUUCUGUGGUGAUCGCUAUCGCAACAUAUGAACCAUAUGCUACUUGCGUAGGAGCCAGUCAAUGACAGACUGACUCUUAUACGGCUGAAAAGUGACUACAGACAACUCUGUCGUUUCCGUGUACACACCAACAUCGACUGUGAACCAGCGCGAUAAAGAAACCUACUCGCAUCUGCAAGAGUUAGUUGAAAGACUCACCUCGACGUGAUCUGCUGAGUUUUGCCGGGGACUGGAAUGAUCUGACUGGGGCAGAUAAUUCUUCAAAAAGUUAUUUUAUUAUCGUUUUGGGCGUGGUUCUCGAUGCGGCAAUUAUGAGAGCCUGUUAAACUUUGCCGACCAGAACCGACUGUUUGUCAUUAACACGGAGUUCCAGUCUUACCACAAAUGCCUGCUGACCAUGUAUUCAAUUGGUGGCCAUACGGCCGGUCAGAUCGACUACGUUCUAUUUGGUCCAGGGAUACGCAGCUGAGUUUACGAUAACAGAUCGAUGCGUGCUACGCAAACUGGUAACGCUAAUGGGUCGUCAUUAUUCUCGUUCGCAUGCACCUGAACGUCCGCACCCAAAAUAUCUACAAGAUGCCAUGGUGUCCUAAGAUUACGACAAACCUACAUAGGCGAGGUCCUUAGCACAAAAAUCCGAUCAUACCCGUAACCCAAGUCGAAUCAGAUGGUAGUAUCGAAUGGUCAUGAUCGAACCCCUCAAGCAGGAAGUAGCUGAUAAGAUCCUUGGAUUUAACCAAUAGCAUCAAUGGAAGAACCUUGCGGUUGUCUGCCUAUACGGCUUGAGCCAGGUCCUGCAGCGAUAAUUCCUCCCGUUAGCAACAAAAAAUGAUGGCAAAGUCAACACAUGAUGAUCUCCAAAAAUAUUGGGCUGGAACAGAGACGUCCAUGGAGCAGGCUUCAUACACUGAUGACCAUCGAAAACUCUACUAAAUUAUCCGUCGUGUUAGUAGUAAGCCCUCUGCACUGAGUGACCGUUCGCUAUGUGAAUUACGAUUUUAUUGCUGAUAGCCCGGCCAAGGUCGAGCGCCUGCGUAAACUCUUCGAACCAACUCAUAAUACCCCUGCACCCCUCUACAGCAGAGUUUCAUCCCCCUCCAGCCCAUGCAGUAUCGUGUGACUUUUCCCCCUUUUGGAGGCUGAACCGAAGUAGGGCAUCAAAAGAGGUCGACAUUCUCGCUGAAAUCUACAAGCCUUGCAUCGACACUAGAAUUCUUCAAUUCUACAAUGGCUGCUAACAACCGACGGCCGUCUGUUUUGCUGACUGUUUUGUCCCUGUGGCGGAUAAUUGAAUUAGACGGUUUGUCGGCAGAAAUCGCCCCCAUGAUCGAGAUCUACCACUGCCCGUGAAAAUCCUUCCCAACCGUCGGGUGUUAUUCUAUCUAGCGUUCGACAAGAUUGCAUUUUUGCUCAUUUUGCUCAGCGACGCCAUUGACUAGAUUCUCGGAAGGACCCUACAAGGUUUUAACCGUGUUGAUUUUGCACCGGGACGCCGGCGGACUGAUCUGAACUACGUGGAUGAUAUCGUUUUGCUAGCCUCAAACUUUGGUGAUCUACCGUCCGUGGUGUCACGACUGAAUGAUGUCGCUAAAUCAGUCGGCUUAUUUAUAGACGGCGGAAAGACCAACAUGCUGAUCAGAUUGAUGAAAUAACGUGGGGCUUUGCUAUCCAACAUGCCUGUUUUAUGGUCUUUGCUUACUCGAGCACUAGUGCGCUUUUUGUCUCCCAUAUUCGCCUGCUAUGUUUAGCGAAAUUCGAUGCUCUAGCUCAUACUACCUGCUCCAUCAGCGGGUGCUCUUAAUGUACAACGGGCUGUUGCCGUUCCUUUCCUGAGCUGCCCGUCAGUUUUUUUACAGGCUGGCCACAUAAGCAGUCCUUAUUAUUGCACCAAGCACAGGGGUAUUUCUUCUUCUGUCCUAUUCUUCUGAGCGAGUAUGAGCUCAUUUUAGCCGAUCGAACACAUAUCGGGCCAACUGUUUAUGACUUUUACCCGCGGCACUCAUCCGGAGACUGUUGGGCCUGCGCCUCCACUAACUCCAAUAUUUCUGCUGUUGUCAACAAGCAGGAUAAGUACGUUUCCCAGGGCGGAAGUAUGAACUAGAAACUGGAUAACUCAAUUGUCUUAUGACCAUACGUCGCACGAUAUACCUUUCUUGACAGCACAGGCGCCGACCAAAGCCCAGACACAAUGGUCUGCCGCUGCAUGACACAGCUGCGGGGGGUUUAGGCUCAUCAGUGGGUCCCCAGAGUUCCCUAUGGGCUUUCUGGUAGAUACCUCAGUUUUUAAACUGCAGCUUUUUAAUUUCCUCGGAAAUUAAUCGCUAACUCGGAGUAAAUCAGUCCAUUUGGGACCUAUGACCGGCCUCGGUGAGCUGCACCAUUUUUUGUCGCCAUGACUGUUUUGGGACAGCACGGACACCGGGUUCGGGGUCGGAAAUUAGGCGGCCGUGGUUGUGCACUGCCCGCGUUCGUCUAUUAAUCUUGCCAGCCUAUGCACUCAGCACCCUACCAGCCCCUCUCUUUUGUAACAUUCUGUCAAGCCCUUUUCAUGUUUAAAGGGUCAUUUUGUAAUCUCUCUCGCUCUCAUCUCGUCUGUUUUUGACCUCCAGGAAAUAGGCUCCAACGGCGAACACUGUGCAAUCUGCAUCGAACCCUACCGCCCAUUUGACAAUAUUCGCAUUCUCCCAUGUCGGUAGGUUCACAUAUGCUACUGUCUGCUGUUUGGCAGUUAAAAAGUUCCGCGCGCCUGUGUGUUCGCCUCACGGUACAGUGGUGAAUCUCGUCUCUCGCGACGACUAAACUAUCGUGGGCAUGUUUUGUGUAAAUUUUCGCCAGUCUGACGCAUGUGCGCUUUUUUUUAUCUGACGGAUUUACUGUGUCCUUAUGUCACACACCAGCGACAGACAUGUAAACUGUAUGAACUGGUCUGCCUGUUUGACGUUUUUUCAUGCGUCCCCCUUGCAGUCUGCGCUCUCUUUAUCUCGUUUCCUGUCGUCCUUCCAUACUGUUUGCCUCCGCAGCAUGCGUCUACACACUUGAAACCCAUAGAAUGCCCAUUCUGGUAGACGUUAUGCCCCGUAAUGCCAGCCGGUCGCACUGUUUGCUUAAAAUCCCCCGAAAGGAACACCACCUAAAAGCGAUACCUCGAACACGUACCCGAGGCCGACCGAGAACGACCAGACAGACUAAUCGAACACACCGAGACCUUCCUCGGCCAACCCAACGUCAGUCUUCAACGCUUCCACUUGAUCGCACUGCAACCAAGCGGGUGGUUUUUUGUUCACAGCAUCCAUACUGCCAGAUGAGGGAGCCAAUUUGCUCUUCAAUACUAAUAAUAUCUACGUGUGCUCAUACUCGUGCGAGGAUGAGUAUUUUUUGUCAGGGCUUCUUGAGAAGCGUGACUAACACGAUAUACGAGCACGACACACGGGGAAGGCUGGGGACCCACUGUUGAGCCGAACCCCUCGCAGCUGCGUCAGGCAGCGACAUAAGGUCGGCAAAAUACACGUGUGUGGGCUUUUCGCUGAUGCCUGUGUUGUCAGUACGGUAAAUAAUUACACAAUUGUAUACUGCUGGCUGUCUGUUGACCGUUUGUGAAUAUUAUGCAGUUAUUCCGCAGUGGCUGAUGGAUUUCAGCUCAAAUAUUCAUGUGAAAUUUCGGACCGCGCCUGAAAGGGUCUGUUCCGAAGGAUUUACUCCAAGUUCGCGCAUUAAUUUCCUCGGAAAUUAAACAAGGUAUUUUGGCUUAAGCACUCCUUAUAACAACAGUACUAAGGGCAACUGUGGCAUAUUUCAGCGGAUAGCUUCACUCACUCUCCACGACCUUUUGCACUUUUUCGCAACCUAAUGGUUAUCUGGAUAUCCUAUCCCCAUUCAGCCAACUCCAACAUGUGUGAUGCAGCCCAAGAGGACUGUUGUGAAAUUGUGCCGCUCGGACACAGUACCAAUGCAAUAUUCUUCCCUCAGUUGGUUUUAGCUGCAGAUCUUCAUUAACUGUUCUGCAACCCAUUUCCCGGUUAUUACUCAGUCGUCUAUCGUUAAUCUUAUUUCCAUAAGGUCUAGAUCUUCGGGCUAAUCCCGUUAAACUUACUUGCAGCUGUUAUUGUUCGGCGGAAAGUUGCUCACCAACUGGAGUGCACGGGCCAUAGCCUGAUUGGUUGCCUCGACGGUUUGGUGGAAACAGUUGGUGAAGUGGAAAAUAACCAUCUGAACAUACUCAUCCAGCACAACACUUGGAGGUUCCAGGAUUGUGCUGAACAACUGCGAGUAAAGAAUUAUUGGAUGGCAAUCAACAGUCGCCGUAUAAUAACUAUGUAGUUUGUGGUCCUUUUUUGUGGGUAACCCAUUUGCGAAAUCGGUGUAGGACCCUGCCUGAGGGUAUUAACUUGAGCCGAUUUGGUCUGAUCACAAAAGGCAGCACAUCCUCUCUCUCACGCAGGUGUGACGGGCUGAGGCUGGCAAAUGUCUGUCUUGGUCAGGUCCCUUUUCAAGAUCAUUGCGUCACUUCUCAGUAUUAAUCGAUUGGAACUCCUUUUCUGUUUGACGUUGACUUCCCUUCUCCUGCCUUCAUCGCACGUACUUAACUGAAGUGUUCUCGUUCCCCUUUAGUGUCAAAAAAGCAGUGCUUGUGCAUGAGAAUAUGAACCCCUGUAUUGCAGGUGACCUUGCCCUAGACUCCAAGGGGAUUAGAGCUAGGGUCAUAGUUAGGGACGCUGGGAUUAGGGUUAUAUCGACGGUUAGGUUUAUGAAGGUUAAAGCCAAGGCAUGGGAAUAUAGACCUCCCUGACACUUCGCGUGAGGCCACCUGUAGUGCGGGGGGAGUCCGUAUUCCCGUGUCGGAUCAAAACAGCAACCAUUCGGAGGUUGAAGUGUCCCUUUUUAUCCCUCCUAUCUGCUAGACACUACUUCCACAAAGUCUGUAUCGACCCGUGGCUGCUGGAGCAGCGCAGUUGUCCAAUGUGCAAGCUAGACAUUCUGCAAGCCUAUGGCCUGCGGCCCUACUUGGCCUUCUCUGUUGGCGAGGAUUCUAGCCUCUCACAUGGCGGUGGAGGCUUCCACACCGAUGAGUCGGGCCCCACUGUGGAGGAGGCCACAACAACUGCCGCCCUUACCACAGAAUCGCCCUCGGUUAGCUAUCUUUCCCAGCCGCAACAAUCUUCUUGCGCGCCUGACAGCGCAACUAUCACCGAUACGUGUGCUGGUGACAGCCUACGCGGCAAGUACGCUGCCGUGAACGACCGGAAAACAAGAGCGUCUGCGACCGCCAACAGCGGCGGCUACCAGACCUGCUCGGAGGCCGGGAUUCUCGGUGUAGAGUCUCCUACCCGCGCCUUAGGCAGCCAGUCAAUGGAUGCUGAGGGCACCGUCGUCGCUGCCAACGUGGCCGUUACACGGAGCCUGUCAGGACAGUCAUCGAGCCCUCUUCUGACCAGUCCUGCGCCGCUCUGUGCCACCGACUAUUCCCCGCCUUUUUCCACCUGCCUUUGUGCACACACCCAUUCACCGACGAUAGGAGGUUCAAGCCCCGCUGAGCAAUGCCAACGGCAGCAUCGACUGAGCUUCCAGCAGAAAAUGCGUGCUCAAAGUUCAGAUUCCAGCAUAACUCAAAGCAAUUCCUCCAGUCAGGUCGUCUCCCAACAGCAGCAUAAGCACUUACUACCACAUUUACAACCCUCCGAUACACAAACUGUAAGCUCAGUCUCUGUGUUUUUUCCCACGUUUAACGAAACGUUUGUUGGCAGGCAGAGGCAAAGUUGUAAUUCACAAAUGUUACGUGCACAGCGUAAAAUGUUUAAGAAAUAAUUCAGUACCUACAUGGUCAUCCUGUAGUGUAUUCAUAAUCGCAUAACGGCGCCUGAAAAUAGGCAAAGGUAUCGACAGUAGUUCCAAAAUGAAAAAGCAACGAGUAUCUGUCAGAAAAAUGCAGAAAUGAGCAAUUUUUCUCGAGAAGAUAAAGGAUGUGGACGUUCAUCAUCGGAAUACCCUACUAAGACACGUCUCAAAGAGUUAACUUGGCAACGGUAGCUUGUGUAACCCCACCUCUCAACUAACUUUAACUCUCUUAUUAUUAUUUAUGAGAAGAACUAUGCACAAGUACUUUUGAAGAAAUAAAUAAGUUAGGCGUACGCGUUCGACAACAGAGACCGCUAAGAGAUGUCGAGGAAGCAAAGCGUUUAUGUUCUAACCGAAGCCAAGUAGACCAUAACGCAGCCGGCUAUCCUUGCAGCGCGCAUAGUAUGGUGGCGUACUGACAUGGCACAAAAAGGUUUAACUACUCUUCUGGAAGAAAUAGCGACGAAUACGGAGCGGGAAGGUUGUUGUGCUUAUUGAUUGACUGAGGGCCGGAAAAUAAUGACUCGAACAGUUAGCGGUUCACGAGAUUGUCGCCUCCAGCAAGAAUUUCUGCUUGGAAUUCGAGUUUAACACAGACUGGAGGCAACCAUAAGGCGCCAGAUCAUGAGACUGUAUGACCUACUGUUACGGCAGGAAGCAUCUGGAAUCUUAUCGCAUCUGGUGCAGUUGUGGACAAAACAGCUAUGUCGGAGAAACCAGGCGACAACUCCGGACGCGAUUGGCCGAGCACGCGUCAGCAGUAAGGAGGAACGACGCGAACUCCCAAACCGCGAGGCAUUCGAUGGGACCAAACCACACAUUUAAGCUUGACGAAGCAGAAAUUCUUGCUAGAGGCGACAAUCGCGUGAGUCGCGAACUGCUAGAGUCAUUAUUUUCCGACCCUCAGUCAAUCAACAAGCACAACAACCUUCCCGCUCUGUAUUCGUCGCUGGGACUUAGCCUAGGCAAAGUAUUCAGCCGCGAGGAGAGCGCGCGGAUAACCACUGGCUCCGGUAUCAAUGUCGGCGAGCCAAAUCACCCAAGAGUCCACACGAAUGACAAAAUCCGGUAGUGAGCCCCUCGGCGGCGUGCGAGCCAAUAAUCUUGACUGGCAUGCAGGCGCAUAACAACGGCAUACUUCAACACCUGGCCAGUGGAGCUGUGAUGCACUCGGCAACUGCCAACUGUGAUAGGCAUGUAGUGACCUAGCAAAUACUUCCUGCAAAUACUGCGACACCUGAGCAAUCCACUACCCUUAUCUGAUUCUGUCUCUGAUGACGAAUUCGAGUGGGGAUCCGAAACUUCAAGCGAAUAAAGUACUUGUUCCAGCGAUCGGGUAUCCUCCGCGACUACUUGCUGGAGCUCGCCUCUUCGCCCCCUAUUAAAACGAUUGCCCAGACUAAAAUUAUGUGACGCCCAAAAAUGAUCUUCACUGCAGGUCAGUUGCGCGUCUCCGGACGGUACACGGAACUUGCAAACGAUUUCUGCCGCUAGGCACAAAUACGUUCGUCUUUCAUUGUCAUAUUAAACGACCUAACCAGAUUAACGGAACGCUCCCUCAGUGUGCACAUGUGCCGAAUUCGAAGGGUUGCAAUUGAUAAAUUAUUUUAAUUUUACUUCGCCUUAUCCGUUAUCUUCUAGGAGAGAGGUAGAGAGGUAUGUGGGCCGAGUGGCGCGGUAGGGACAUAGGCGGUCGGAUGUAAUACAUGCGUUUGCGAAAAGAGACUUCGACAUGAAGCAAGCAAGAAUGAGAAAUUGGAGGACGAAUUUAUUUUAAGGUACCCGAAAGAAUGUGAAAGGGUUCAAGAAUGGGAGAUGGUCGCAUUCGAAGGAUACAUCGAGCGAAUUUUAGACUGUAGAGUAGAAAACCGUUUUCUGACGACUAUACUGUGGCAUCACCCAAGCCUUCCUUAGCGAUUUGCAGGCCAGCCUCAUUUCUGGCCGGGCAGUUAUCGACCACAUCACCAGCAUACUUGAUAUAUAGGCAGCCAUCGGGCGAUCUCAGAUCGUCGAUGUAAGGCAAAAGAGAGGAGGGAGAUUGGUUCUUGAAGCACUCCACAGUUAUCAGGAAGAUAAGUAGAUGCUCGAUUGUCAGGCUGAAACAUCUGAGUUUGGAAGGGAAGGUAAUCUGCAAACCUUGAGACAACCCAGCCAGGAGAGCCUCACUCGAGUCUUUUUCGUAAGAUGUCAUAAAACAGUACGAAGGGCACAGGACUAAUCAAGGAAACAAGCUUUUGCUCAUCCCAUCAACCCAGCCAGCUUUGAUUGGUUUCUCUGUUGACUUUUAGCUCACUAGCCCCUCGAACCCAUCUAAGGGCGAUCUGGCCUUUGUGGGCAGUCAUCUGCACCACCAUCGGCCCAAUGCUCUGACCUGCACGGACGCCCACACCAGGACACCCCCUUCUCAUAACUCAGCCUCAGGUGCAUGUGGCAGUAGCUGGGACGUAGGUACCAGUACCUCCAACCAUGAGGAGAACGAAUGCCACGGUGAUGUGAACUGUGAUAGCAGUGGCAGCUGCCGACGACAACAGAAGGCUCGCAAGAGAGGCUCUGAGGGUCCAUUCGUCGGCUGGUUUAGUCGUGGUUUUUAUUUAAACAAACCGUCAGUCCGACACCAUGACAAAGGUGAUAGGAACGUUGCGCUACCUGAAACGUUUUCCUCGCGAUUCCGACACCGAAGACCCCCUAAGGACAGUAGUGACGCUGGCGGCGGCGGCGGCGCUGAUUGCCCAGUUUCUGUGAAGCUUAUGCCCCAUUCACCGUCUGCCUCCGGCCUCGAUCCCUCCGUCAUUGAAUCCCCUGAUGAUGAGGCUACCCUCGUCGGAUGCAGGCUGCUACCGCAACAGCCACAACAAACUUAUGAUGAAUCAUGCUCGGUUGCACCCUCCCAGCUGACCCCUGGCGCAUGCAAAGAACAAUUGGUUGUAGCGGUGGUUGAAGUUCCCUCUAGCUCCGCCGCACACAGUUCCAGUGGCAGGGAUCCGGCCACAGGAGACUCGGCCCUAAUGACCUAG